AAAAUAAACAGUACCUCCGUUGAAAAAUACCCGGUUAUAUUUUUUAUCCAAGGGGGUGGAUUUUCUGUGGGAACCUCCAUGUUUAUAUACAGCAGUGAAGUGCUGAGCACGUAUAAUGACGUCGUCGUGGUUACGUUCAACUACAGGUUGCAAGCUUUAGGUUAUUUAAGUACGCAAGAUGAUGUAGCCCCUGGCAACUGGGGAAUGUGGGACCAGGUAGCAGCGCUGAAGUGGGUCAAGCAGAACAUUGAAUAUUUCAACGGGGAUCCCGAUGCUAUCACCGCAUAUGGACAGAGUGCAGGGGCUGUCAGCGUCGGUUUACAUAUGCUAUCACCACAGUCUAAAGGUUUGUUCAACCAAGCCAUCACACAAUCCGGGUCCGCGCACGUUAAUUGGGCCGUCAAACUGCCGCCAUAUGAUCCAAUGGACUCGACCAUUGAACUGGCCACUAAAAUGGACUGUCCAACAGGUACAUCAACUGAAAUCAUAGAUUGCCUGCGAACAAAGAAUGCGUUCGAUAUCGUUGCGAACGCUUUCACAAUUAUGGACUAUGAUCAACUAGGCUUCAUGGUGGUUGUCGAUGGACCUGGCAACUUUCUGCCAGACGAUCCUUUCUCACUGAUGGAACGAGGAGAGUAUCAGAAAAUGCCGUACAUGUCCGGUUACACUAAGAGUGAAUUAGCGGUCUCUGCUAUGGCUGGCAUAGAAGAUCCAAACAGUGGGAUUACCAGACAGGAGUUUCGGGAAAAAAUAAUGAAACUAGUUACGGCAAAGAAAUACGACAGCUGCAGUGACGUCAUCCAUGAAGACAUAGCCCGAUCAAUGGAGUUCUAUUAUUUGCCAUGGGAAGCCCCUAGGGAUAAAAUACGUCUGAGAGACCAGUACAUAAAAUUAGAAAGUGAUGCAGAUUUUGUUGCUGGAGUUCAUUAUUCCGCUCUUGGCAUGUUGAAUGAUGAAGAUAAUCCAAAAUAUAUCUAUCGUUUUGACUACGAGUCAGAAAGUGCAAGAUACGAUGAUUAUGUUGAGGUGCCACAUUUGGAAGAUUUGUUCUAUUGUUUCGGAAGACCUCACAAAAGACCGCUUGUGGACAUUCUUCCUGUUCCGGGAUUUGUUAAAAUAUUGGAAAGACGUUGGACUGACACUGACAGGGUAAUGGCUGACGUCAGUAUGGCACUUUGGACGAAUUUUGCUAAAUAUGGGAACCCGACACCAGAGGGCCAUAGUAUACCCGGUAUUAAUGGAACGUGGGAUAAGUACAAAGCUGGAAGUAAAGGCGUGUUCCAUAUCAACGAACAAAGUGCGAUGAACUAUGAUUUCGACUUUCAUGAUGUUGGUUACUGGUACGACUAUGGUGCUAAAGUUGUCGAGUCAGCUUCAAAUCAGUGCUGUGACUGUCAGGCUGACCAGAAAGCUCAAGAAUGA